AUGGGGACUUCGAAAUGGGUAUCGUUGAGCCUUCUAGUGCUCUUCAUUGCUCUCCAUUUAAGUUCAUAUACUCUUGCGGAUGACAAGCUCGACAAAGCUAGAUUCCGAGAUGAUUGUCAAUGGGGCCGACGAGGACCGUGUGGUCCUCGUGGUCCUCGUUUCGGUGGUGGAAGAGGAGGAGGACUUGGUGGUGGGGGAGGAUUUGGAGGUGGCCGUGGAGGCGGAGGAGGACUUGGAGGUGGUGGAGGUCUUGGCGGUGGAGGUGGUGGAGGUAUUGGAGGUGGUUCGGGCCAUGGUGGAGGUGUAGGGGGUGGUGCCGGAGGGGGUCUUGGUGGAGGUGGAGGUGGAGGUGCCGGAGGGGGUCUUGGUGGAGGUGGAGGUGCUGGAGGUGGAGGAGGCGGUGGUGUCGGAGGUGGUUCGGGCCAUGGUGGAGGAUUUGGAGCUGGAGGCGGUGUAGGGGGUGGUGCUGGAGGUGGUCUUGGUGGGGGUGGUGGUGGUGGUGCCGGAGGUGGAGGCGGUGGUGGUGUUGGAGGUGGUUCGGGACACGGUGGAGGAUUUGGAGCUGGAGGAGGUGUAGGCGGUGGUGCUGGAGGUGGUGUUGGGGGAGGUGGUGGCUUUGGUGGUGGAGGAGGAGGAGGAGUUGGUGGUGGUUCAGGCCAUGGAGGAGGUUUUGGAGCUGGAGGAGGAGUAGGUGCUGGUGCCGGAGGAGGUGUUGGUGGUGGAGGCGGAGGAGGUGGUGGAGGUGGAGGUGGGGGUGGAGCCGGGGGUGGUUCUGGUCAUGGUGGAGGAUUUGGAGCCGGUGGUGGUGUAGGAGGUGGAGCCGGAGGAGGUAUUGGAGGAGGUGGUGGUGGUGGUGCCGGUGGUGGCGGAGGAAUUGGAGGAGGAUCAGGCCACGGUGGUGGUUUUGGUGGUGGAGGAGGAAGAGGGGGUGGCCAUGGAGGAGGAAUUGGAAUUGGGAUUGGGAUUGGAAUUGGAGUUGGAGCUGGUAGUGGCCAAGGAUCUGGUAGCGGCUCAGGUAGCGGUGGAGGUGGUGGACAUUGA